GUGGGUCAGUCCUUUCCCUGCCAUGGUGGGGAUGUCCAUGCUGGCCACUUUUCUUUUGGGUUAGCCCAGGACUUCCAAAUUUUUAGCUGCCGACAAGUAAAAUCUUAAAUCAGCCUCAAUGGUUUUUAAAAGAGAACAAAACAAACACCCAAAUUCACCUUCCUUCUGCCUUCUCCCAUCCCCCCAAACCCUCAGCCCAUGAAGUUUCCGGCACAGCUCACUUCUGCUGAGCACAGGAAAAGCGAAACAGUGGCAGCACCCUGGUGCUGGAGCUGUCUGUGGGGCUGCUGUGCCAACCAGGGGAGAAGAUGUCAGACUCGGAGGGGUGCCAGGAGGGUGCAGAAGGAGUGAGCCAAGUGGGAGAUGAAUCCCCUGAGGAGAAUGAGAGGCUGACAGCGCAGUGGAGCGUGGAAGAUGAGGAGGAGGCGGCGAGAGAGCGGCGGCGGCGGGAGCGGGAGAAGCAGCUGCGGUCCCAGGCAGAAGAGGGCCUGAAUGGCACCGUCCCCUGCUCAGAGAGUGCUGCUCUGCCACAGGAAAACCACUAUGACUUUAAGCCAUCUGGGACUUCAGAGCUGGAGGAAGAUGAGGGGUUCAGUGACUGGUCCCAGAAGCUCGAGCAGCGCAAGCAGAGGUCUCCAAGGCAGUCCUAUGAAGAAGAGGACAGUGGUGUGAGAGAAGCUGAAGUCAAACUGGAGCAGAUCCAGCUGGAUCAGGAAAGCCCAGAGGAUAAUAUGGUUAUCAGAGAGGAAGAGAGGCUGUGUCAGGAGGAAGAAGAGGUUCAAGAGCAGGAGGAAGAGGAACAAGCUGAGCAAGAGGAAAAGAAGAGAAGGCGAAAUGAUGGAGAGAAAGAAGAGGAAACACCAGAGAAACGCCAGAAGGCCCCCAGCCUUGCCAGCCUGGAAGAGGAGGAGCUGUGCUCUGACCACACUGCAGUGUGCUCCACAAAGAUCACGGACAGAACUGAGUCGCUGAACCGCUCAAUACAGAAAAGCAACAGCAUAAAGAAGAGUCAGCCUCCUCUCCCUGUGUCGAAGAUUGAUGACAGGCUGGAGCAGUACACACAGGCUAUUGAGACCUCCACAAAGGCUGCAAAACCUGUCCGGCAGCCCUCUCUUGACCUUCCCACCACGAGCAUGAUGGUAGCCAGCACAAAAAGCCUCUGGGAGACUGGGGAGGUCACAGCCCAGUCUGCUGUGAAGCCCUCAACUUGUAAGGAUAUCGUGGCUGGAGACAUUGUGAGUAAAAGAAGCCUUUGGGAACAGAAGGGGAAUCCCAAACCUGAGAGCAAUAUCAAGUCCAUUCCUUCUGGCAAAAAGUACAAAUUUGUUGCAACAGGCCAUGGCCAGUACAAGAAGGUGUUGAUAGACGAUGCUGCAGAGCAAUAGUAUGUCUGGAGAACUCAUUAACCAGCUGAGCUUGGUCCUGACUCAAUGCGACCCUCCAUGCCACUAUUUCCUCUGCUCCACAGAAGAUAAUUGAAGGAUGUUUCUCUUCUCCUGACUGCUGUCAGUCUGCUUUGGAUACAGCCUGACUCCUCUUGGGGUUUGAGCAAUACCCCACACUGCCUCCAGCUGGAUGAAAGGAACUAGAUCAGCUGACAAAACUCAUCCCUGUUUUAACUUUCUAUGUGACUCCUUGGCUUUUUUUUUUUCUGUGUUCUUUUUAAAUCUGUCUCUGCUAUGGAGAUGAGUGGUUCUUUUCCCUCACCUGCAGUGUUGGAAGAGAGGGAUCUGCUGCCCUGCUGAGCAGGCAAGGCUUUUGUUAUGUGAUUAAGGAUUUCUGUUUUUGUGGCCCUUGGUGGGUGGGUGUUGGCAGAGAAGGGAACUCAGCAGAAAUCUGCUGAAGAAUUAAUGUUUGAAUUAAUGUUUGAAAUGAGGGCAGUGGGCAGGUCCUGAGUGUAAAAAGACUGCAAGGGGAGCGUGAUGAGAGUGCAAGGACCACUUGUCGCUCUGUUGGUGCCAGCUGUGGGUCAAGUCUUGCCCUGUUCAUGAUGCAGCCUCUGUCUCUACGUCAUCUGCUUUGAGGCACUUCCAUCACUGCUCUGUGUACAUCAAUUUGCAUUCAAUUUAGUUUUUUUUUUUUUUUUUUAGUUCCCAGAUCAUUCAUCACAACAAUCACAGUUGUGUACCCAUGCCAAAAUGUUCCUGCCACUUUCACUUUCCUGUCUCAGUAGGGCCAUAGCAGCUUUGUUUCAAAUAGCGGCUGCCUCCCUCUGCCUGCCUAAGGUGGACUGGAGAUCUCCUUUCCCAGGUGAGGAGUGCUGGCCCCUAGUGUUAUCUCCCUUCUCUGGGAAAGUGAUUUGCUCAUUCUCUGACCUAUGGGCUGCAGUGCCAGUGACUGAAGCACUUCUAAAAGUUAGGUGUGGUGGCACCUUGAUAACUUGUGAGCUGUGUUCCUGAGGCUGAGCAGGAUAUCUGGGAAAUGGCUGCUGCUGGAAGCUAUCUUGGUGAAAUGGCAUCAUGAUGAAUUGUUUGGGGAGACCAAGGCUUGCUGUGAACUUGAGGGACUUGGAAGUGCCACUCAGGAAACUGAGUGCCUCAAGAGUGGCAUUUCUAGCCUUGGGUCUGAGGUCUGCAAAUCAGCUUCCAGGGUUGUUUCUGAACUCUACUGUGUCUUCAUACUUCAUGGCAUUAACAUGUCCCCCAUCCCCUCUUUAUUCUCAUUCCUACCUUCUUCCCACAUCAACAUAAUUUUGCAACUUAUUUCUACCCUCCUGGAGAAGGGAGGGCAGCUUGUUUUUCCUCCUGCAUCAGUGUGAUUUCUGCUUAAAACUUUCUGCCCCCUGGAUUUUCUUUUUUUUUUUUUUUUUUUGUAAGCAUUUAAUAAAAUUUGAAGAUGUUGUAA